AUGGGGUUCCGUGAUAUUGCUUUGUUCAAUCAGGCCUUGCUGUGUAAGCAAGCUUGGAGGAUAUGGGCUAAACCUCACUCCCUACUAGCCCGUGUCAUGAAGAGCAGGUACUUUCCAAAUGGAACGUUCCUAGAGUGUGGCAUAGGUACGCGAUCCUCGUAUGCUUGGAGAAGCAUCAUGCAUGGAAGGGAACUACUAGUGCAAGGUCUGAUGAAGAAAAUUGGGGAUGGCCAGAGUACACAUGUUUGGUAUGAUAAUUGGAUCUUGUUAGACGUUCCUCGGCCUCCACGAUACAGAACUGAUGAGGUUGAUUUAUCUCUCACAGUCUCUGCACUUAUUGAUAGAAGAUAUGGUACUUGGAACGUACAACGAGUCAGGCACCUCUUUGUUGAAGAAGACGCAAACUACAUCUUGGGCCUGAAAAUUGAUAUGAACCGAGCUGAUGCAGUGGUGUGGGGGCUGGAGCGUAAUGGAGGUUACUACCCACCCUCAGACGAUGCCACCGAUGGAGAUCUAUGGAAAGUGAAAACCUUGCCUAAGCUACGACACUUUCUGUGGAAGGCGCUUGCAGGGGCAUUAGCUGUGGCUGAUCGUUUUCGGACUCGAGGUCUCCAGAUUGAUCCUAUCUGUAAAGUUUGUCAGUCAGCACCUGAGACAAUAUGCCAUGUCCUAUUUAACUGCCCUACCGCUCAGGAGGUCUGGCGUUUGUCUGGCUUUCCUCUGCCUCCGACGGGCGUCUCUCCUAACUCGGUACUGUUAAACUUACAGUAUCUACUGCAGUGUAGUACAAAGCAAUCGAUCCCUCAACAUCUUCGUCUUCUGUUUCCCUGGGUCUUAUGGCAUAUCUGGAAGGGGAGGAACGAACUCAUCUUUGCUAAUACUCGUCUUGGUGCAGCAACAGUUAUGGACAAGGCUCGGAAUGAUUAUAAUGCUUGGGCAGAGGUUAAUAUCUUAAAUUCAUCUCAAGAGUCUGAUGACAUGGCUGCUGGGAAUGCGAUCAUGAAAUGGGAGAAACCAUCCCUAAGCUUUGUCAAAUGUAACAUCGAUACAUCGUGGGUCAGUGCGACUGAGAACACUGGAGCUUCUUGGCUCCUUCGUAAUAGUUCAGGGGAGCCUCUGUUGCAUAGCCGACGAUCUUUCUCUGCCAUUUCUACUAAGCUUGAGGCAGAGCUCUUAAGCUUUUCUUGGGCUAUAGAUUGUCUCUCAGACUUACGUUUUGGUAAAGUUGUCUUUGAAUCAUCAUCUUACCUUGCGGGCGAAGCGAUCCUCAGACCUGAAAUGUUCCUUGGUUUUCAAGACCUGUUGGCUCAUAUCCGUGAUAAACUGAGUGGUUUUAGACUGUGGAACAUCUCAUAUGCACAACUCCAAGGCAAUAGAUGCGCCCACGAAAUAGCUCUCAGUGUCACUAGGGAUCAGCAGUAUCAAUCAUACAUAGCUCGUGGGGGACCAUUUUGGCUACGAUCGCUGAUCAAAGAGGAUGCAAAAGAAGACACAUGA